UUAAUUCAAAAAUACUUGUUGACAUUUAUAAUCUUAUUCCCACUUGACAAUUUAAACUUCAAAUUUCCAAAAAUGAUAGAAUAGUCAAAUUUGUCAAGAUUACACGCAAAAUUUUCAUUCGACCCAACUCCAACAUCCAUACUCAAAAUUUCGUGGUUAAAUCAAAACUAAAAUCUCAUCCAAAUGGAAUUAUGUAAAUAAAUUUGUGGCCAUCCCAUAGAAAACAAUGUCGAAAUGAAGAUUUUAAAAACGAUCUACCGCUACCAUUCGAAAUUCGUCCAAGAAAUGCAACAAGCAUCCCAAUUCGAUUCUAGAACAAUCACCUUGUUACCCAGUAUCAUCUUUUUGGUCGGUUCCUUCUCGUUGAUUUAUCAAAUUUUUCAUAAACGAAACACUAGAUUCACACCGACAAGAUUAAGAAUAUAUCGAGAAUUAGGUUUCCAUUGGACUUAUUUUUACAUCGUCCGUAUGUGGUUAGUGGUAAUAAAAGGUUUCAAAAUGGCAAAUUCCUCUUUGGAACAUUAUGUAAGCGAAAAUGGUGAUCCAGAUUCAAUUUAUUUCAAAAAAACUGUUUACACGCUACUUUUAAUGACCUUAUUGAUCGUUAGUUCGAUUCCCUUAACAGUCGUUUUAUUUAAAUAUUACAUGAGAGAGACCAUACCGGAUUUUUUGAUGUGGAUCGGUCAAGAUCCGUGGCUAAGAAGCGAAAUUGGACUGGCAGGUCAUUAUUUAGAUCGACCCCCCAAUUUUACACUUCCAAAUCGACCGGAAUGCGCUUACAGAUCGAAAAGGAGCUGUAGUAACGAGGAUAAUGCUAAAAGAGGGGUAAUUAUGAGGAGUUGUAAAUCUAUGAUGACUGUAAAAUGUGUUAAAUCAAUUCAGGAGUUAAUAAGAUAAUGAAGAAAAUUUUGAGAUAAUUUAAGUUUUUUUUUUCUUUAUUAUGUAUGAAUAAAGAUUGUGUACAAAUGAAAAACUAAACUAUU